GGCUAUUGUACCUAUGUAUCACAAAAUUGUGAUCAUACCUAUAUAUUUAUCCAUGGUCGUUAUCUAAUGAUUUUUGGUAACAUUUUUUCAUAUACAAUUUAUAAACGUGAUAACAAAAUUUGUAUUCUUGUUCUAGUUGUAAGGUAUAAUUUAUAACGAAAUUGUUUACUAUUUUACCCGCCGACCAGUUAACGGACUUCGGCGUUCAUCAUAGGAAAUCUUUUUUUUCUUCAGAAAAUUAAGACCGAAAUAUUGGUGCAAUGUUCUAUCAUGUAUGUAUAAUUAACAUACCUAGUAAUAGAUGUAAAAGGUGUUAUAUUAUUUUUAAUAAUUAUACAAACAUUUUUCUACUAACCAAUUUAGAUCGCUUUAGAACACGAUGUACUACUUCAUCCUCGGUAUUUUGGUCCACAACUUUUGGACACUGUUAAACAAAAAUUGUAUCGUGAGGUUGAAGGAACAUGUACUGGAAAGUAAAUAAUGUAAAUUUUAUUUUACUGUAUUGUUAACUCUAAAAUAAUUUAAUGUUUUUAAGGUAUGGAUUUGUAAUUGCUGUAACUCAUAUUGAUAAUAUUGGUUGUGGAUUAAUUUUACCUGGUCAAGGAUUUGUUGUGUACACUGUAAAAUAUAAAGCUAUAGUUUUCCGUCCCUUUAAAGGUGAAGUUUUGGAAGCUGUCGUUACCCAAUUAAACAAAGUAGGGAUGUUUGCUGAAAUUGGACCCCUAUCUUGUUUCAUAUCCCAUCAUGUAAGUUGUAUAUUAUUAUAAAAUAAUCCUAAGUCAGUAUUAUAGUAACAUUGUGUCUCGUGUGCCUUUUUUCAUAUUCUGAUUAGCCAUUGUAAUCUUGGUAACAAUCAUUAACAAAGACCUACUGGGAAAUUUCCAGAGUAAGAGUAAAUUCAUAUUUUAUUUUCUUUGGGUUACAGACAAUGUUCAGUUGAUUUUAUGGUGUUAUCAGCAUAAAUAUUUGUUGAGACCAUUUAACAUUUUAACUAAAUUGCUUUAGAUAAUAAUUUUUUAAAAAUUGAAUUAAUGAUAUAUUUUCUAGUUUGUAAUAGUUUAGAUUUACUUUUUUUUUUUUUAAUACAAAUAAUCAUAGAGUAGUUUAUCCUAUUGAAAAUGUUUGUUCAUAAAUAUAAAUAUAGUGUCACUUUUUAAUGUGCAUUUAAAGCAUUUUAAUUAAAGUACCUAUAACUAUUGAGUAUAAAUCUACUGUCUAUAUUUGAUACUAAUACCUAUUUUAAAUUUAUUCAAUAUUCUUCAGUUUCAAGAACAAUCUAAAUAUACACAUAUUUUAAGUUUAAAAUCAUUGUAUUAUAUUUUAAAUGUAUUAUUCUUAUAAUAACUAAUAUUGAUGGUUUUUUCAAAAAUACAUCAUAUUUUAAAAUCUUCAUAAGAAUGUUAAUUAAAAUAUUUUAUUUGUUUCAGUCUAUACCAUCGGAGUUACAAUUUUGUCCUAACACAUCACCACCAUGUUACAAAUCAAAAGAAGAAGUAUGUAGUGCAUAAAAUAUAUUUAAAGAUACUUGGUAUUUUAAAUACAAAGAGUAUUUUGUUUCACAUUGUUACUUAUUAUUUUAAAAUAUACUUGUUAUAAAUACACCCUUAUUUUUCCAUUCAAAAUGUUAUUAAAAGAAUAGGUUUUGUCAUAGUAAAAAUGAUACACAAAGAACAAUAAAGAAAGUAGCAAAUUACAUCUUGGGUUUUGAAGAGAAACGAACUAGGAAUGAAUGGUUUGACAAAAUUUGCAAGAGAGCAAUGGACAAAAGAUAUUUUUGCACGAAUAAAUAUUGAUUCAAACUUCCAUUGGAAAUAAUAAGAGGAUAUUGGCAACCAGAUAGAGAAUUAUAGCGUACAGUUAGAAGAAAAUAAAUUUGGGGAAAAUAAGGAUAGAGACUAUAGAUGAUAGCUACAUAAGUAAUACAAAACUGUUCUUUGAGAAAGCUCAACAAAAUCAAAGCUGAAUUCAUGACAAGAUCAACAAUUAUGAGAAAUGAUAAUAGUUUCACUUAUUAUAGAAAAGACAGAAACAGACAGCUAAAGAAUUCAAAAACUUUUUUGAAAGAAUAUUUAAUUGUUCAAUGUUAAGUGAAUCAAGGGAAAGAAUUAUUACAGUUAGGCAAAACUUAGAAGAACCCCUAGUGAAAGAAAUUGAACAAGUAAUAAAUAUGCUCAUGAUCAGAAAAGCACCGGGGACAGGUGGAUAGUGGAGUUGGUGGGAUACAUAGUCAUUUAAUUUAUACCUGUAACUAAUGAUAAACAAUUGAUAAUGAAAAACGAUUCGGAGUGAAGUUUGGUUAUACAUGUUUUGAAAAUUUUUAAUAUUUAAGAUUUUAGUUAAAAUUUGAUUUUAAAACUUAUCAAAAAAAAAAAAAAUACUACAUUACACUGAAUUUUAUUUUUUGAGACAAAACUUAUUUGUUUUUUCACCAUGACAUUACAAAUCCACAAUAAAGUUAUUUAAUAUAAAAAAAUAUUAUAAUAUCUGCAUAAUAUUAGAAUUUCAAAAAGCUAUGAUUUAAAAAUUAAACUGAUCCGCUUAAUUCUAGAUUCACCAUCAUUCUUAAAUCGGCAAAAAGUAAACAUAUGAUCAAAAAAAAACAAAUUAAAAAAUUUGUAUGGACCAGUAGAUUUGUUCCAUAUAAUUGUUUUUUCAAACCAGUAAUACUUUUGAUAGAAAACAUAAGUUAAACAGAUUAAAAUAAUUAAAUCGGGAUACUGCUCAAUAUAGUUAAACCAAAAAAGUCCCUUGUUGAUAACUAUAUUGAAAUAUAAUUUAAUAUUAUACUAAUAUAUAUAUUAUUAUUUUUUUUUUUUUAUGUUAUUAGAAUAUAGCAAUACAACCAGAAGAUACAAUAAGAUUAAAAAUAGUUGGUACCCGUGUCGAUGCAUCUGGAAUUGUAUGUAUUUUAUAGCAUAAUAUUUUUUUUAUGCAUUAAUAAUCUAAACUAAUUACCUAUUUUAUUUUAUAGUGAAUAAAUUAAUAAGUAAAUGAUUGUAAUGUUCUAGCAAUGUUCAAGCAAUAAUAAUUACCUACAGUGGCAGCUCGCACUAUGGUGCCUAAGAGCAUGUCUACUACUUUAUAAAAUAUUAAAAAAAAAAAAAAAAUCUAUUGUAAAUUAUAAUUUGUUAUUAGGCACUAUCAUAUAUACAUUAUCCCUUUAAUGAAAAAAUUAUUUUUGUAAAAAAAAAAAAAAAUGUUUUUGCAUCUUUUGCCAUUGAUAAGUGUGUCAAUUAAUUAUUAAAUAAUUGCAGUGCAAAAAUUUUGUUUUACUCCGGAAAAUUAUACAAAUAUUGACUAAAUGUGUCAGCAGUAAAACAUGAUCUAUUGAAGUGCAUUUAAUGCGUUCAUUUGACCUAUUUUUAUUGGGCUACACUGUCAACAUCCAUUAUUAAAACAUUUUAAUUUUACCAUAUAAAAAGCUUGAACAAAUUGAAUGUAGGCAUAUUAUUUUAAGUAUUUUGAGCACCUAUAACUUAUAAUAAUAUUAAUUUAAAAAUCUUCAGUUGGAAGGACAUUUAACAGGGUACCCUAUUAUGUCACAUAUUUAAAUGUGUAUUCAUGGUCUUUAUUUAUUUUAAUUUUGUGCUAUUCAUAAAUAUAUUACUUAUGAAAAACUAUAAUAAUAAUUUGAAAUAAAUGUAAUUUAAAUAUUUUUUUAAUAAAUAAAACCCAAAGUCCAUAAAAAGAACAUUAAUUUUGGCAGCAAUAUUAAUGUUUUGUAAAAUAGGUAUUUAUUUAACAAGUUAAAGAAUUUAUAGAUUUUGUAUUUUAUACAUAGUUAUAAAAUAAAAAUAUAUGUUAUAAAAAAGUCUCUACUUUUUCCAUUUAUACUAAAUUACUUGAUUAUAAGUAAUUUUCUCAAUUAAUAAUCCUUAAUAAUUUAUCCUUAAAAUGUGAGUAUUAGAUUUAUAUCAGAACACUACACGGUGGCUGUUAUUUUCAUAUGUUCUACCUAUUAUAACUAAUUGUAAUGUACUUGUUUUUGUUUACAGUUUGCGAUCGGAACAUUAAUGGAUGAUUAUUUAGGUUGGUACAAAAUCAAAUUUCAUAAAAUUAUGGACAAUUUUAAUAAUAACAAUGCGUGGAUUUUAUUUUUCAGGAUUAAUUCACUGAGAAAUGAGCUGUGGUUAGAGUAAUUAUUUGUUUGUCUUUAUAAUGUGUACAAUUUAUAUUUAAUAAAAAUGAAAUAUUUUGUAUAA